AUGUGUCAUGAUUGGUUUGAUGAAGAUGGGGCCCAAUGGAACUUUAUUCGAGAUGUAGAAACAAAUGCUUCCUGUCCUUGUAUGGAAAAUCAGGCCAAAUUUGAUUUGGGUCGAUUUAUGCCUCAUCCACGUUGUUCACAAACAUUUAGAGAUAUAACCUGUACUACUAUGAUUGGGGCUAAGAAUUGUUAUAUGAGUUCAUCCAACAUUUACGGCUCUUAUUCUGGCAGGCAUUUCGAUUAUGGUUAUGGAUAUAGUGAAUAUAGUAGAGGCGAUUUUUAUAGAGAUAGAGGGCCAGAAACGGGAGGUGAAGGAACUUCUUUUGGUGGUGGAUAUUAUGGAAGGGAUGGACAAGAUAGGGGAACACGAUUUCCAACACAUUAUGGACAAGUUUGUUGUUAUGAUGAAAAGGGAUUCUUAAUGCAAACAACAUACCAACCAGUCAUUAAAGUAAUUGAAGAAACUCCCUAUAAUCCAGGCUUUCCACUGAGAGCCUAUGAAUUUGGUACCCCUCCAUAUAUGGGGCAAUUUGAAGUUCCUGGUCUUUCUGCCUUUCACCAUGAUUAUAUGCCUUAUUUUCUUUGUUGUAAAUUUGCCAAAUUUCGUUGCCAACUUUUUUAUUGGAGAAGGCCGAGUAGUGGAUGUCAACAAUAUCAACCACCAGCUAUUGGGGAAGCAAUGGGUGCUGGUACUUUCCACACUAUAGACAACGACAAAUUUGUUUUUAACGAGCCUGGUGUUUACACACUUCUCCACAUUCCCAAAACAAUAAAUAAUCCCGAAGUUCGAAUCCAAAUUCGUUUGGAACGUUAUCCCAACAGACGUGUAGAUUUUAGUAUGCUAGGCCGUUAUCUCUCUCAAGAGCAAUUAGUUCAACCUACAAAUGCUACUAGAGUCUUAGUGUUGGCAAGAGGGGACACUCGACGAUUUCGCUAUCGAACUUCUGUUAUUGUUGGAAAUAUACUCAGAUACUUUGACACAAUGAGGCUACAACGAUUUAAGGGAGUUCUAAUUUAUGUAAAUAACGUGGAAAGAGGCCAACCAGAAGUUUAUGUAGUUUUGGAGGAAGCUCAAAUUGGGGUUCGAAUCAGAGAAAGUUAUUCUGUUGAUAUUGACAGAAUGCCCAUGUAUCAAGAAUCUAUGGGUAUUUUGGAUAUUGCUUUAAGUGUUCCUCCUCAAUAUGGAGUGCAACCAGAUGGAGAUAAAACAAGAGAUCAAGAAAUGCGUCAACGUUAUAAUUUGCCCCGAGUGUCAGGUUUAAUGCGUCCAUUCCCUGAUACAGUUACAGGCUCUAUAUACAGCACUCUGACUUUAAAUGAAGUUAAUUCUGAAUCAAUUCGGCAACAAAUAAUUACUUACUAUAGAGUACCUGGGUCUGGAGAACGUUUUACUGAUUAUCAACAACAAACAUUAAAUCAGUAUAUGAUACCUACAGAUAAUAUGUUCACAACCAGCCGAGAGGAAGACAAAAAGUUCGAAGCCUUCCCAGAGGCCGCAAUGAAAAACGAACCAAUCUACAAGACUGCCCAAAUUUACGAAACACCCCAAUACAGAUUUGUGCCUAGAACAGGCUCUGUAUUAAUGCAGAUAUUACAACAAUGCAAUGAUUUAGCUGCUAGAGAUACUCUCGGAAUGCAACCUUAUCAAGGCCAACUUUAUUGGGAUUGGGCUUCUCAAUGUCCAGACAAUCCCGGCAAAAUACUUCAACAUUGUGGAGAUAAUGUUCCUUGUCUUUAUGAUUUUACUCUUUUAAAUGCUGAAGUAUUGGGGAAUGAAGUAAAAGAUACUUGGAAUGCUUUUUUUCAUGAUAGGGGACAGGCAAUUAGAAGUUAUAAUAGCUGUGGGCCUAUAAAUAUUGAAUAUCCUGAAUAUAUGAUUAAAACACCAGCAUUAGCUCCAAGUUAUAUGCAGGGAGAUACUCAUUGGAUAAAGGGUGAUUCGGAAUAUAAAUGUUCUUUAGUUGUUGAUUAUAAUUACCCCAAUAGCUAUAGAUUUGAAUGGAAUAAAGGUGGACAGCCUUGGUGCCGAUCUAGAGAAAUGGAUAAUAUGCUAACUUGGUUAUUGGGCAUACUUGGAACAGUGGGUAUUAUACUUGUAGUUGUUCUCCUAUUCCUCAGUUGUUGGGUUGUUAAAGUUAAAAGAAGGCAGGAUCAAGAAAAGGUUCCUGGAGGUACACUGAGACAACAACAACAAUUUAUGCCGCCCGUAAAUAAAAAUUUAUUUAAAAAAAUUUUUUAUUAA